AUGCUGGCAGAAAUUAUGAGACAAAUUACCUAUAGUAAAUUUCUUCACCUGCGUGUUUUCCUAAUUAGGCGUUCGACCCGCAACCUUCUCAGGGGCUCUCAGACAAGACUGCCGUCAACAUCCUGUUUAUCAACAGAAGCAGCACCUGCAAGUGAGCAGCAUGAAGAAUUUGAUGACACUAACAACCAGGCUAGUGCCCAGUACGAUGGCUUGUAUCCAGGACACAUAAAGACAUCGCUGUUUCAGAAAUCGCUUCUGGCCCUGGGGUCGGGCAUUGCUUGUUUGUUGAACCCAGCGCGAGAUGACAUGAUCUGUACACUCGGGGAAACAACUGGACUCCCAGCCCUCAGGUACAUGCACAAGAAGAUGCAAGCUGACCCAGUGGGAAGGCAGAUUCUAGAAGACAGACCUGUGUUGAACACACAGACCCUUGAUGUGGACUAUCUAGGCAGACUUCCCGAUGGAACAUUUGGAAAAGCUUACUGGAAUUUCCUCAGUGCCAAUGGCUUCUCCCCGGAUGCUAGGAGACCUGUCAACUUUGUGGAUGAUGCUGAACUGAUGUAUGUGAUGCUGCGGUACCGGCAGUGCCAUGAUUUAGUGCACACAUUGCUGGGCAUGCCACCAAACAUGCUAGGUGAGGUGGCAGUCAAGUGGUUUGAAGCGAUACAGACUGGAUUACCACUGUGUGUUACUGCAGCCUUGUUUGGUCCGAUUCGACUGGGUCCAAAACACAGAGAAAAGUACAUCAAUAUCUACCUACCCUGGGCAAUCAGAUCUGGGUACAACUCCAAGUUCCUGAUGAAUGUCUACUUUGAAAAUAACUGGGAACAAGAUUUGGAGGAACUUCGAAGGGAACUCAACGUAGAACCUGCGCCAGUUCCCCUGAUUAUGACAGGCAAAAACACCAUGACAAAAUAA